AUGGCAACAGCAACACCCACGGCCGACCUCCGGGCCCAAAACCUCUUCAAAUUCGACCACCACGUCGCGCUCAUUACUGGCGGUGCCUCCGGCCUAGGCGAGAUGGCCGCGCAAGCCUUCGUCCAGAACGGCGCCAAAGUCUUCAUCGCUAGCCGCAAGGAGAGCGAGUUGCAAAGCGUGGCGCAGCGGCUGAAUGCCCUCGGGCCCGGCACGUGCGAGUACAUCGUCGCGGACCUGAAGGACAAAGCGGGCUGCGAGAGAUUAAGCGCGGAAGUCAAGAACCGGACGGACGUGCUGACCGUGUUGAUUAACAACUCGGGAGCGACGUGGGGUGCACCCGCCGACGAUUUCCCCGAGCACGGCUGGGACAAGAUCAUGGCGUUGAACGUCAAGGCGAUUUUCUACCUGACUGUCGCGCUGGUUCCGCUUCUGGAGAAGAGCGCAGUGGCCAAAGACCUGCCCUCGAGGGUCAUCAAUAUAGCGUCCGUGGCAGGGCUCAUGACGAGUGAUCCCACCGUGACCGAGGAGGGCGGGUUGUCGGUCGUGGGACACGGGGCUUACAGCUAUGGGCCCUCGAAGGCAGCUUGCAUUCACCUCUCUCGACAGCAGGCGUCGCAAUACGCGCCACGGAAUAUCUUGGUGAAUUGCAUUUGUCCGGGCUUGUUCCCGUCACGGAUGUCGAGUUUCGGCAUACAAAAGAGUCUUGACUUCUUUCUGAGCUCGCAGCCGACAGGGAAGAUCGGGACGCCUGAGGAUUUCGCUGGGUUGGUGCUAUACCUCUGCAGUCGCGGGGCGAGCCAUGUCACGGGCAAUGUGAUAGAGAUUGAUGGUGGGAGCAUGCGCAGCGGCUGGAGGCUUAAAGCGAAGAGAUCGAAGAUCUGA